CUUUUGUAUUCGUGGGGGAUCGUCAGUCGUGAGUAAACAUCCAAAGAUGAAGAUCAUUCUUGCUCUGUUCGGUUUCGCGGCUGUGGCUUCGGCCGCUGAUCUUACCAUUGGCAACGAAGGCGGGAGUCUCAUAUUCGAGCAGAAUGUCACCGCCAGCCCAACGAUAUGGAAACAAACUAGAAACCUCACUGUUAACGCUACAGACGACGCAGUCAUCAGCCGAGUAGUUGUGAUUGACAACAGGCCGGAGAAGGACGGCGAAGCCAAAGUUGUUGAAGGAGGCGAGGGCGAGAAGAACGUCACCAUCGAACUGAAGGGCCCUGCUGUCUUCAGAGGCUUUGACUUCACCAUUCAAGUGUUCGCCGCUCCGGAGAAUGAGAACACGCAGCACCCGAAAGCAACUGGGCACGACACACAACAAGCCCAACUACCACAAGUGCCUGAAGUUCAAAUAACCAAGGACCUUAAUGUAAACGAUCAUUCUAACCAACAUCCCAAGAAUACUGAUGACAUUAUCCUUGGAGCUCCGGUACCAACAGCCUCUUCUACUACUGAAGAAAACAAGACCAACAAAGACGACCAAGUUAAAACCAAUGUGCCAACUUUGGUGGGUGAUGAUAAAACACGUAAAUACCGUGAAACCGAACCCCAAAAGAACACAGAACAGACUCCAGUUGCUGUCCCACAGGACGUAGUUACAGGUGUUAAUGCUACAAAGACAGAAGCUAAAGAAAACGACGGAGACUUGAAAGUUUUGCUUGAUUCAAUUUUCGUAAAUUAUUCUGGCCCAAAAUCUGAGGAAGGUCAGGAACAAGUUCAUCCCGUCAUGCCAGAAAAUGAUCAAGUCCAAACUGAUGUAAUCCAGGCUGAUGAAGACAGGAAAGUUCGUCAGGCGAGCAUGGAGCCCGUUGUACCAGCUGUUCUGCCUAGAGAACUGAAGGGAGACGAUGUUCAGACGACUAAAAAAGUCGAGGUUUCGACUACCACAGCGAAAAGUGUACAGGGAAAGAUUUUACCAAGUGUUGUACCAGUGACUAGUGAAAGUUCUUCAACGUCAGCCGAAGAUCUGACCACUGAGCUGCCUGAAGAUCUGCAGGUUACCAAGGACUCGAAAGGUGGCUUCAAGGGACCUAGUUUUGGACACCGCCCUGCAGUGCCAUUGCCUUACAUGAAUUAAUUAUUACUUAUUUUCAAAAUUGUGAUAUUACUCAGUACUUUACAUUAAUAUUUAUGUCGCCUUUAAUACUUGUCUUGUACAACGUGCCGUAUUUAACAUUUAAAUUAAAAUAAAUGUUUUUUUACUAUA